UUCCUAUAAAUUCGAUAUUUUACUUUUCCUUUCUCUCACUUUCUUUUUGUCACAAACACAUAUGCCCACUAUAAUUAAUAAAUUAGUUGAUAAAGCUAAACCAAGAUUCUCUUUUCAUCACGACGGCCGUAAGUCAAAGUCUGGCAGCACUAGUAGCAAUGAAAGCCAUCAUGGAAAAUUCCACGCAAUUACUAACGCACUACCAACCCACAAUCUUGCUACUCACAUUUUUGGCUAUAAAGAUGAUAAAAAUGAUAACUAUGUAGAACCUCCUCCAGUCCCCCCUACAGAGACACAACCCAUUAGAGAGAAUGCCAGUGUGGUUUCUAUUACCACAAACUCAUCUAAUCAUACUAAUCCGAGACCAUCUGAAGAACAUGCCACAAAAUCAGGUACAAACUAUACACCAUUUUAUCCUGAGCAAUUACCCUCAACACCACCAGCAACACCAGGUGGUUCAUUCAUACAAGACAAUCAUAGUGCCAACUCAGAAGACCAUGCAAAUAGAAAUUCAACAGAUCAACAGAUUACUGACUCAGAUGUCACACGUCCGCGCUGUCAUUUGAAAUUACAGAAUUUUGAUAUCCAAAGAACUUUGGGCACAGGCUCCUUCGGUCGUGUUCAUUUGAUUCGAUCUAAAAUCAAUAAUCAUUACUAUGCGCUCAAAGUGCUCAAAAAAGCAGAGAUUGUUAAGUUGAAACAAGUGGAGCAUACAAAUAACGAGCGUGCUAUUUUAAGUAGUAUUCAGCAUCCUUUUAUUGUUAAUCUUUGGGGAAGUUUUCAAGAUUCUGCAAACUUAUACAUGGUCAUGGAUUUCGUACCAGGCGGAGAGCUUUUUACUGUUCUCAGAAAACAAAAGAAAUUCUCAAACGAAGUAGCUCGAUUUUAUGCUGGUGAAGUAUUGCUGGCACUUUCUUAUCUACAUAGCAAAGAUAUUGUCUAUCGUGAUCUAAAGCCUGAAAAUCUUCUUUUGGAUAUGCAUGGACAUAUCAAGAUUACUGAUUUUGGAUUUGCCAAAAAAGUACCUGAUAUUACUUGGACAUUGUGCGGCACACCUGAUUACCUUGCUCCUGAAAUUAUUCAGACAAAAGGUUAUGGUAAAGCUGCUGAUUACUGGGCAUUUGGUGUUCUUAUUUUUGAAAUGCUUGCAGGUCAUCCACCUUAUUACGAUGAAAAUCAGUUUAGACUAUAUGAAAAGAUCUUAACAACACCACCUUCAUAUCCAUCUUCUAUUGACUCUACCGCGAAGGACCUACUCCAACAUUUGCUUACUACAGAUUUAUCACAGCGUUUUGGUAAUCUGAAGCGAGGAUGGCUAGAUAUUCGUGAACAUAAAUGGUUUAGUCCUCUUGAUUUUGAAAAGUUGCUUCAAAGAAAGAUUAGACCUCCACAUAUUCCUCAUUUGAAAGGUGAAGGUGAUGCAAGUAAUUUUGACAAAUAUCCUGAAGAAUUCUAUCCUUACGGUGUCACACAAGCAGAUCCAUACAAAGACAGGUUCCCUGACUUUUAAUUAUUGAUUUUUCUUUUGUACAGUUGUAUGUAUGACUAUAUAUGUUUCUUUUUGUAUAUAAUGAUUUUGUUUAUGCCCAUAAAGGAUAUUUCUCAAGAAAAUAAAAAAAGGGUUUAAGAAUACC